GGUUAGCACCGGGAUGUUUACUUAGCCUCAUUCUGAAAGUGUGGCGGCAGUAGAAUAACAGGAAAAUGGUGGAUACCAAAAACAAGCGAAAUUCUUUAAUAUUUAUUUAUUCUCUGAAAAUUUGACUACAUUUUGGAUCUACAGGUAUAUAGCUUCAAGAACUAAAGAUCUCAAAUAUCAACUUAUCAUUUAUCCAACCUUUUUUCAAUGAGUUUUCAAAGAUGCAUGGAAAUUGGAAGACAGAACUUUUGACUUUAAAGGGCAUUUUUACAAUUGUUUAAAUUAUGUUUUGGUUUAAAUUCUUGCAAUGAUUCGGAAGAAAUAUUUAAUGAAAUGCCAGAAUUUUUCUCUCCAAUUGAAUAUAAAAAGAAAAGGAGAAAUCUCUCAUUUUCUCAAAGAAGUCAUUACUAUUGGCCUUAUAGAGAAAUGAAAGCUCGUAAAAACACUUUGGCAUUUCAUAAAUCUUGUCGUAUAUUUAAAGCUAAGUCAGUGUUGAAACUGAAAAAAUUUCUCUCUAGCAAUACCUGUUUGAAAGAACACAGAACAGUGCCCAACAGUAUGGAUGAGAAAGAAGUUGAUUUUGUGGUGAUCAAGUCUUGUGAAGAUCAUGGUAAAGAUAAAUUAGUCAAGAAGGUUGAUGUCUGUUCUCCUCGUGAAGAUGAUUAUGAGAAUGGCAGUGACAGUGCUGAGAAAUUACUUGUCACUGCAGCAGAACAAGUAGAGAAAUCUCCCAAAAUCUUAUCGGCAACAAAAAAGAUAACAGAAAUGCACUCAGUUAGUGCCAGUGUAGAAAGUGAUUCUGUGGUUGAUACUGCAGUUGUUGACAUUGAAGCAGAAGUAAAUAAGACAGAAGAGAGUUGUGACCAGUCAGCUGUAGAAUGCCAGGUUGCCAUUAUUGAUGCUGAACCAGUUGAGUUGUUAAAUGAAGCUGAAAAGAAAGAGAUUUCAUCUGAAGUAGAGAACAAAAUAAUUGAGGCUAAUCUUGAUAAUCAAUCUAAUUUUCACAGUAAUCCCAAAGAAGAUGGUAAAGUUAGUGAGGUAUCUUUUCAUCAGAAAAACUUAGAAAAUAUUACUGGUACUAUAGAAAACAAUAUAUUUCCCCAUACACUUGAAAACCAGGAUAAAAAUGGUGUUAGGGAACUUCCAAUGGAUUAUAGCAAUGAAAACCAAAUUAAUCAAGUAAAAAAUUAUUCGUCUAAAAAUCAUUCUUCUGCAGCCAAUCAUGGAUCUAUUGUUGUAGAUAAGGAAAAAUCAAAGUCUAGUUCCAGCAGAACUUGUAGGAGAGUGAGCAAAAAAUCUGACUUUGCUAGCAACAAUCAACAAAGGCAGCAACCAGAGGUAAAAGCAAAGAAUGAAAAUAACCAAAUUUUUUUAGCUAGAACUGAUUGUGUUGCAGAGAACUCUGCAAGUGGCAAUGACACUUGUCUUUCUUCAAGAAGUGUCAUUGUUACUCCUCCAAAGACACCCCCUUCCAAAUCCACAUCCAAACCUUUGAGAAACAGAACUAAGUAUUUGCAGUGUCAAAAGAAAAGUUUUAAAUUAAAAGAUUCAGUUUUAUCAAAACCUAGCUUGUCUGUGAUAAAAAAGCCAACAUUCUCAGAUUCUAGUGGAAUGUCUAACAAAACUUUUGCUACUAACAAGUCUGGUCAGUUGGACUGUGUCCAAAGCCAGCCAGAUUUUCAGUUCAUCAGUGAUGAACUGAAUUUUCUAAAUUCAGAAAGUGGGAAGUUAGCAACCCAGCUUCACAAAUCGGACAAACAGAAGAGACUAGAAAGAAAGAGGAAAGGAUCUUUCAUUCGUAGUAUUUUGAAGAAAAAUUUAGGUGCCAAAAGAAGUAAAAAGUCUGAAAGAACAACAAACCCUCCUCCUGAGAAGUCAGAUACAGAAUCUUCUGAAUUAGAUUUGGAAAUUGAUUCAAGUUCUGACUUUGAAUUUGAGAUGGAUCGGAGGCUAGAAGAGAAUGCUCGCAAGAACAACCUCAGUGUAAUGAAUGUCAAAAGUAUACUUCAUACUGUGAUUACUAAUGAACAUGUCAUGGCUAUGAUGAACAAUACUUUGAAAUCAGCUGGAGAAGUUGAAGGUGAAUUUAUAGAAGCUGUCUAUGAACCAAAGAUGACUCGUUCUAAAAUUAAAGAAGUUCUAGAAAAAUCUGAUGGAAUGAUGACUCCAUGGCCAUUGCCCUCCAACAAAAUAUCAGAAAGUAAAGUAAGUAUCUUGGAUAUCCCUUUCAAUGAAGAUGAAGAAGAUGAUGACUACAACCCAGAAAAAGAUACCACGGCAGAGAUUGAAAGUGAUGAUGACACCGAAAGUUUAAAUUCCUCGUUAACAUGUUCUCCUAACUUGCAUCUCAUGAAAUCAUCCAUGACAACAUUGACCGAAAAUUGCAAACAAUCUUUGACUGAGACAGAUGAUGAAGAUAAGAAGGACGACGUGUCUGAAGAGACUAUUGCCCGUCGAACUCGUUCAAAACUACCUUUGCAUGACACAUCUCUGACUGAGUUAGAGGCUCAUUUUGUUGCUCCUGACAUUACUGAAGACAUGUAUGACACAGAGUGCAAUGACAAAGAUUGGAAAGACUUUUUAAAAUCACUCACCAAAAGUCAAGAUGUAGAAGACCCUAGUGAAGCCCUUGAUGAUGAUGCCAAUGACCCAGAAUAUAAUUACUUAGCUGAAGCUGAGAAUGAACUGCCAGAUGAUGAAGACUUUAGAAAUGAUCGGUUGGUGCGUGUGUCAAAGAAAGAGCUGCAUGGUCUGUUGGAUGAAUUGUUUAAUGAGGAUGCAAACGAAGAAGAAGAAACUAUGUUACAACCAAAUAUUUUGACUGGGACUGAUAUUUGUAAAUUUGGUCAACCAUCAAAUGUAGAUAUCACUGUUACACCUGAGCAGACUUUGAUUAUUGCGGAACAUAUGAAACAGCACACCCAACUUCUUUGUCAGCUGGCACUGUUAACCCAUGGCCAAGAGGAUUAUAUUAAUGAAAGCAAUCAAUGCAUUAAAUUUUUGCAAGAAUUAAAAAUGUUUGGUAAUCAGAGCCCAGCAAAAGACAAGUCAGUGUUCCUUGCUAGCAACUUGGAAGGAUCCUUAAAAGUCCUAGAGGAAUUUCAACCAAGUGUGAAGAAGGAGCAUUUUUGUAAAAGUAAUGGUUUAUCUGAAGACCUAAAAAAGUUAUUUGUGGCAAAGUCAGAUAUUUUCCUGUGUUCGCCAUUGUUGCCAAUAUGUAGCUCCAUCACUAAGGUUAAGCUCAGGAAUCUUAAACAUACCUUUUCUCCUGCUCAAGACAAUCUUUUAGCUUUGGGCUUUGAACAGUUCCGUCAUGUGAAUUCAUUUAAAAGGUGUAUGUACAUCAGACAGUUAUUAUUACCCUGCCGAACUGAAAAGCAAAUCCGGGCACGGCUAAAAAACCUUCGUUCCAAAAGAGCUGUUGAUAACCCUAUCAAGGUUGUUGCACAAACUAUGAAACUACCUGAUGACUUUCCCACUGCGACACUGAGUCAAGCUCAAGGCUUCUUAUCUCCCAAGGGAAGUUCACCUCACCCAGAUGCUCCAAGCUGGUACAAGUUGAUAAUUGAUCCUCCGUCCGAAAAGACCUCGCUGCUAACACGGAAAGCUACAAAACCCAACAGCCGUCGGAAGCAAGUUAAGAGUAAAAAACUAAUUGAAAGUAAUCUACAAACAUCAAAGGAGAAAUUGGUCCUCUCGUCACCUCCUACUCUUGCAAUAACUAGCGUUAACUUGGUACCAACUGAUGCCCAAGAAAUUUCUCAGAAUGUUCACCUGAUGUGUGGAGGGACAACAUCAGAAGUUAUACUCUCAGAUUUCCGUCCAGGUCAGCUGUCCUCUAGUGCCACCACUCCAUCAAAGUUAGCUUCACCAUUGGUCAGUUUUGAACAAAAGGAUUCUUCACCAAAUCCAGACAAAUCAGAAUCACCAGACCAUGUUGCCAGUAGUUCUAUCGAUGUUAUAGCCACAGUAGCCAGCCAGUUAUUGUCAAAUAGUAACUCUAUUGUUAGUGCCAGAAACUCUGCUUUCAUAUCUGAAGCCUUAGCCAAGCAAAAAGAACUCCAGAAGACCCCAACCAAAAACCUGCUUCCUGUCUACGAAACUGUACAGUCAAAAGGACUUCCUUCAAGCAAUAAAUCUGCUGUUUUUAAGCACCUUGCACCCAAACCCCAACAGAUUUCUCCACCUGGUUGUCGGCAGAUAUCUCUGUGUUUGGAGAAAAAGCGCAACAGUCCUCGCAGGCAAAAGUUGCAACAAAAGGCACGUCUUAUUUGUCCGAAAGGAGUUUUGAUAAAACCUCACUUCUCACCCACCAGCAUGGCAGCUUAUGGACUCCGGAAGCGAGCAAAACGGUCACCACGAAUGACUACAAGGAAUACUGAACCUCAAACCAUUCUGCCUAAAAAUGUUACCCAAUCUCCAGGUCUUGAGAAUGCAUGUUGUAACCUCAGUACAAAGCGGUUAAAGGAAGUGUUGCCACUGAACCAAAGAUCUUCAGUUUCUCUUAGACAUUCAACAAAUACUCUAACCAAAAAUUUGAAUGAUUCCGGCAGCAGCGUUAAGAAAGAUGACUGGUCGGGUCCAAAGACAGUAGAAAAAUCUCCUGCUGCGCCUACCAGUCAAACAGAAGACACUGAUACAGCCGGUACUGCUAGCAGUGGGAUAACCAGCGGGAGUUGUUGCCAGUCGGAGAAUGAAAACUGUCUCUUGGAGAAUGGUGAUAGCCAUAUUGCAGAUUUGAUGGCGGCUAGCAGCACAAUCGGCUGUCAUCAGAAAAGGAGUAAAGAUACACGAACCAAAGCACAGAAACGGAAUGACAUCAAACUUGCGAUGUUGGCACCAAAUUUAAUUGAAAAAGACCCUCGGAGAGAUCACCGAGACACCAUUUUUGCUUUGGCUUAUCUGAAUAAGGUCAAAGAAACUUUGAAAACUGACAUAGAGCGCUAUGAACAAUUCCUCAGAAUUUUGUUUGAAUUUGGCAAGAGUGAUUAUUCACCUGUUGUACUGUACAAAAGCCUGUCAUAUUUAAUGAAGGACUAUCCUGAACUUGUACAUGACUUUGCAGCGUUCCUCUCUCCAGAACAUGCUCUCCUCUGUGGCUGUUACAAAACUACAGUAGACUUUCUUAGGGCUCGCAACUUCUUACGUAAAAUUGAGAUUAUUUUUGAGAAACAUCCUAGUCAGUACCUAAAGGUUCUAAGAAUCUUUGCGGAAUGGCAGAGGAAGGUGACGCACAAGGAAGAAGAACUUCAUGAAAUGUUACUGCCAAUGUUUAAGGGACAAGAUGAACUUUUGGCCGAAUUCUCAGGGUUAUUUGGAUUUCAACCACCUCCAGAAAGUCAACCUGAAGACUUUGAAGAAGUCACUCUUGAAGGUGGAGAGUCUGAGAUGAAGAAUAAGUUAAUGGGUUAUGAGGAUGUUGAGUUACCUGAUGCUGCUAACCAGUAUGGAAUGCCAGGUUGUCCAUGUCAGUGUCACAAAGACAAAGAGAAAUUACCCACCGAUGGAUUAAAUAAAAAGAAAACAAAGAGUAAACGAAUGUCACAUUGUUCUCUUUGUGGUUUGACAGUCAAAGAUGGUAAAUUGUAUUUUAAGACAACUGGAAAACUGAAACAUGUACGUGCCAAAAUCUCAGAGCCAUUUCAUCUAAGUGACCCUGACAAAGAAUCUAAACCUGAAGAACCUCUGAUUCUGUUAGGAGAUACAAAGCUUGACCACAAGGAUCAUUCUGCAGAUGUUUGCAAAGAUGAAAAUAAUUUGUCUGUCAGAUCUCCAGCUUCAUCAAAUUUAUUAACAAAGCACAAUUCUCCAAACAAAAUGUCUUCAAGCACCAAUGGUUCUUCUGUUGCAGUACUGACGUCUGAAGCUCAGAAUAUGAAAUCUCAUGAAAAUAAUAAAGUUGAGAGUUCACCAAAUACAGCAAAGUCUGUGUGUGUGGAUAAACCUGUAGUGCUUUCAAACUUUCAUGAAGCAGUUCCUAAAAUCUCAAAUCCAACAAGCAAUGAUAUUCUAGCUAAAGCCUGGGAACAAGCCUGCAGGAGUCCAACCGAUAGUGUUGAACCAGAUGAUAGUUUACAAGAUUUACUUCAUAUUCCUGUCAAUCAAAACCAACCAAAGACUGUUGUAUCUGAAGUUGGUCCUCGUAUGUCAACAGAUUUUCUUCUUCCUUCCCAACCAAAUCUUUCAGCAAUACCAGCUGUGAUUACUUCAACAUCUGUCACCCAUCAGUUACCUGUCACUAAUCUGACGGUCGUUCCUUUGUCCACAAUCACUGUUCCACCUCAACUCAACCAAAUAACACUGCCAACAUUCAGUCAUCUCAUACCUAAUUUCAAUCACCACAAUGGAACACUACUCUCUAAGAGCAAGCCAUGGCAGUUGUCUAAAGUGGAGAGGCGUGGUGCUAUUGACAAUUUGCUCAAUUCGGCUGUUCUUAGUAAAAAACACUUGCAAGUAAUAACACCAAACUCAAAUGACUAUGCUAACCAACAAGCCAUCUCGAACCAAUUAUUUUCAGAAGGAACCAAUAAUUCUAACAGAUGGACAAAAUGGAUGGACAAGAUGAUUCUUGAUAGUGUAAGGAAAGAUGGAGUUAAUGCUCAAGUAUUUGAAAAACUUUCUUGUAAGAUAAAUGGCCGAACGCCAAAACAAAUUAAAGACAGAUACUCAGAGUUGCUGCAGCUUCUUGAACAAAUGAAACAGUAGAGAACAGACUUACUGAACACAAUGUUCCUUCUUCCAUCAACUGUUGAUGUUGGAAUAACAGAAGUGACAAACUAACAAUCAGUAUCACCUACAUACAUACUGUCAUCUCUGUAGGGGUGUGUUUAUACAUUACCAGCAGAGUGUAUAGAAAAAUGUGUGAUAAUGGAUAUUGUUAAUAUUAUGCAAUAUUGUAAACAGUGGGGUUUUGGCAGAAUCAAUAGAAUGGCAGACAUAAAGAUACUUUACAGUAUUUGUUCUGGCUCUUUAUGGUUUCAGUUCAAAUUCCACCAAGGUUGACUUUGCCUUCCAUCUUUCCAGGGUUGGUAAAAUAAAGUACCAGUUAAGUCCUGGGUUUGAUCUACUUGGCUACCCCUAUCUACUCACAUGUUUGAGGCCUUGCACCUAUGUAAGAAAUGACUGGAGUGUGUAUUGUGUGUAUGUGUGUGUGUAAUGUAUAUGAGCAUGGCUGCAUGGAUAUGGAAUUUGGUUUGUAAGGACAUGGUUUCAAGUUCUAUCUCACUGCAUGGCAUCUUGGCCAAAUGUCUUCUGUAGCCUCGGGUUAAUCAGUGGCUCAUGAGUAGAUAUGGUAAAUGGAAACUGUAUGGAAACCCAUUAUAUGUGUUUCUGUGACUGUUUGCAUUCCUUGCUUUCGGCUGAAAUCAUUUGAGUAAACUGUUGAUGUUCCCUGCUAACAAAUUGUUCUAUUACUCCACAUUCUUGGAAAUGUAGGAUAAAAACAUCUCUUAUUUGAAAAACAGGCCAGGGUUAGCAACAAGAAGAGCAUCUGAUUGUAAAAGCCUCUUUACUAAGUUUUCAUCCAACCUAUUCUAACAUGGGAAAAUAGACUUAAAAUGAACAAACAACUGAAUACAUGUAUAUGUGUCUCUCUAUUUUGGUUGAUAGCCAUGGAGCCAAGUGUUCAGUUCCACACUGCCAAUUACUUACAUAAUGUGCUAAUUGCCAUUUUUAUAAUUAUUCUGCUGAAAAUUACAUGUAAACAUGGUCAGCUCCAAACUGUGUGAAAGUAGUGGGAUGGAAUUGAUAGCCUAAGGUCACCACAAAUAGAAAUAUUAACCUGACUUGACACAUCUACCACAAAAAUGUAUCAGGGUUUUAUUUUAACAAAAGAAAGAAACUCAUAUACAAACCUACUGUGUAUAUAUUGAGACGUUAUUUGUUACUUAUAUAUGUGCUAUUGCAACUGCUAAAUUCAGUAGCUUCUUAUUGUUGCAAAUAAUGGUUGCUCAAUCUACUGUAGUUCAUUAAAUCAAUGCUAAAUGUCUCUCAUCCACCUGCAAGUUUGUAGAUGAACUACUGGCUUUGUUCACCAGGAACAGCAAUCGGUUUGGUUAAUAUUCUACAAAUACUGGUUCACCUUCCACUCAUUAACUGGUUAAUUUGUUUAUUCAUUGUCAGAUUCACUGCUCACUUUGUUUAACAAGAUGAUUUACAUGUUCAUUCUACACAACAGCUGGUUAAUUUGUACAUCUUGUAUAGUGAUCAGUUAACUUGUUUAUCUUGUACAGCAAUUCUGGUUAGGUUUGUACAGUGUUAACUAGUUGACGUUUUAUGAUAACUGGUUAACUGGUACAUCUUGUAUGACAGGUUAUCUCAUUAAUCUUGUAUAGCAUCUGAUGAACAACCCACUCUGUACAGAACACAGCCCUUUAUUUCCCCUUACACCUCCUCAACUCAAGAGAUUAAUCAGAAAACACCAUUUGUUUAUAAGCAGAUUAAUUCAUCCAUUUUUUUUUUAUGUAAGGAGACAAAUUGAAGCAUGAACCAACAGUUAACUAUGUAUAUAAAUACAUAUAUAUAAAUGCAAAUGGGUUGACUACCAGAGUGAGAGGUUUUCAUUUUAACACUGUUGGUUGUCAUGUAUUCACAGAUGUUGGUCAAGGAGGGAGCAGAAGAGAAGACCCUGCCUCCAUAAUGCAUUCACCUGUUUGUAAUGUAGACCCUACACACCAGGUAUGACUGACACCAAAAAACUAACGAUGAGUAAUUUCUAUAAUACCACUUGGAUUAUUUAUUUAGUUUUAGUAGAUGCCAUUUUGACAUUAGUGAGUCUCUUAUCUAUUUACAGCCAGUUAAAAAACAUUAAUAAAUCACCAAGAAAGAAAACAGCUUAACAUCAUCUUUAUUUUUUUUUAAAUCUCUUGUAUAUUGAAUCUAAUUUAUACUUUUUAUCACCUCGUUUUGACAGUUUUUUUUUUUUUUAAAGAAUCUUUUAAUCUAAUUCAAAUGUUGACAUUUGCGACCUGUUAAUGUGUCCAAAAACAUAGAUAAAUUAGGUUCUCCCCUUUUAACACUUCAACAAACUGUCAUCUCCAUAAACACACAAAUCAUUAACACUACAUUCCCUGAUAUUUCUGUUCGAUAAAUAAUUGUUGGCCUCAUGUUUUAUUAAAGUCAUUUCAAUUUUUUUCCAGACUUAUAAAAAAUAUUAUGAAGAAAGAGGAAACAAGUCCUCUCCUUGUCUUAAGUACCACCUCCUCAAUUUUGUUGUAAAGUUUAUUUAUCAUAGUUGUGAAUUGAACGUUCAAGGCCUAAGCAUGAAUUUCCAUGUUAGUUUUUGCAGUGAGUCCUAGUGGUAAAACUCAUCUACUUUCUUCUCUGUCUCUCUCUCACUUGUGUGUGUGUUUAUUGUCUCCUUGUCUUGACACUGUGCACUAAUUGUAAAUAACACCACUGUCAGGUAGUGCUGAUUGUGUAUAGUCUUGUGAGAAAAUAUGUCCAGACAAGGAGAAAAUAUUGCCUUAGUUGAAAACAGAUGAGAGUUGGUGGGCAUUGUAGAAAAUCGCCUCAAUAAACAUUGACCCAUGCAAGUGUGGAAAAGGAUACAUUAAAACAAUAAUGUAUAUUUACAUGAGGGUCCACACACCAGUGUGCACCUGUGUAACAGGCAUACACCCAGACUGUGCAGAUAUGAAUUUAUAAUUUAUUUUUCAUAUUUUCUCUCUGUGGAAGAACCUAGUGGUUAAGUUGUUGAACUCCAAAUCUUCAGGAUCAGGCAACAUGUUGUUUCUUGAGUAAGGCAGAUGAUUUAAUGUUGAUCCAGUCUAUUGAGCUCAAAAUGAGUACCAGCUUGUUGGAGGCAGCCUGUUUCCCUCUUACAUAGUCACCUAAAUGAAUUUGUGAAAGUGUGAUAUAAGAUACCAAAUCAUAUUCAUAAGUGACUGCUUAGCUAUUCUGCUAUUAGUGGCAGCCCCAUGAAUCAUACUUAAUGAUUACUCUUCCUCGAGUAUAACCUGUAUCCUAGUUUUUAAAAGAGCGUUUAGAAAUUAAAAAAAAAAUGUAAAACCAAUUAUGAUAAGAAAAACAAUAACAUAGACAAAAAUUUAAAUACUUUUAUUAUAACAGUGACAGAUUGUGUUUUGUUUCUGGAGUCUGGCUGAUAUACUUGAGGAAAUAGAACUAUUAGUUAUGAGACAUGUAAUUACAAUUUGAUAUCUGCUAGAUUUGUAACUGCUUAUGUCUUUAAAGUCAGGUCAGAACCUGGUAUUUGUGAUGGGACAAAAAAAAUAUUGAAAGUUAACCAGCUGUAUAGCAUUCAAGCAACUAAGUUUAAUAAAGCAUGAAAUUUAAGAAUUAAAUUUAAAGAACUAAGGAAAAGGUAACUUAAAGAGUACAAAAAGGAUUGUGUAUGUAGCUAUAAAUGCAAAGCAUUUUAGUAAAAGUGAAAUCUGUUAGCCGACUACUUAACAUCUAGAAUAACACUUAUAUAUAUAAUCUAUAUUAAAACUGGUGAAGUUAAAUCAGAGAAUGUAUUCUACUAUGACUGAGGUGAGUUUUUCUUUUAGUUUCUGAAAUUAUGUGAUACCUUUUCUCUCUCUGAUCUGUACGAAGGAAAGAUGACACAACCACUUAGGAAUCAUUGCAAUGAGGAACAUAACUAAAAUGGAAUAACUAGUUUUCAAAAUAUGUCAUAGAUUUUUGGACUAAAACAAUAUAGGGCAAAGUUUGAAUUGUAGCUCUAGUGAAGUCACCACCAUUUAUUCCAUGUGUUUGAAUGUUUAUAAUUUUGGCUUUGCAUGAAAUUUUAGUCAACAAUAGCUAAUAUAAUUAAUAUAUUUGCUCACUCUGGUUUCAUUGUUAAGCUGUAAAAAGUUUACUAAGAAACCAUUAAACACUUAACUGCCAUCAAACCUACCAAACAAUCAAUCAAUCAAUCAUUUUUUUUACACAUUGAUUCUUGAAAUUAAAAUAUUUUUUUAGAAAAUCAGUAAACAAACAAAAAAUUAAGUGAAUCCUUUAUAAAAAAACUUUGUGCAAUCGUUCUCUCAACUACAGUUUAUCACCAAGGGAUUUUGUAAAUAACAGUGUUGCCUCCUUUUCUGGAUGAAAGACAACAAAAAUUAAAACAAAAAAAAAAGUCCCCAAUAUCUCUGUCUGAAGUUUUAUUUUUGCCAGGAAUAUUGGGUUGGCUGUAAUUGAGUUCACAUUAUGUAAAAUAUUAAAAGCUGUUGUAUCUUUUCA